AUGUGCUGGAUCCUGCAGUGGAGUAGGUGGAUCCCAUUUUACAGAUGUGCACACUGAGGCCUGAGGUUAUCUGGUUAGUAAGCAGUGGAACUGGGGUGUCAUCCAGGUUGAUUUGUGCCCCGAAAUUCAUAAACCUAGUGCUAUUUCCAGGACACCAGGGUUCAUGUGGGGAGGACGGGUGAAUUUAGAUGCCCCCUCCCACCCCCCAGGGCUCAUCCAAAAAGGAUGGGGAAGUUCCUUUCUUAUAGAGAGGUUGGAUCCAUCCAGUUCAAACCUGAUGGGCAGCUUUGGCAUUAACCAACACUGAUCUUGUUUCUAUCUUUGCUUCUCAGAUUCCUUCUGUUUUUCUACAACCUAACAUUUUAUUUCCUACUUCAUUUCUGAAUAUGCAAUUCUCAGACUACUCUGCCCCACCCCAGUAUACAGUUCAGCACCUACACGUGCUCUGUGUUUAGCCAAGACAGACCCCUUGAGACAAACUUCUGGUGUCCUAAAGGAACCUGCUUAAACUGCACAUCAGGAGACCAGAGUCUCUAUAUUUUGCUUGUGGGCACAGUGAAAAGUUUAUUUUAUGCAUGUUAAAUCCUGCAUACAAAACAACAUAUCUGGUCAUAUGGCUUUCAUUAGCUCCCAAUUUUGCACAUUUUAUUCAACUUGUCAUGAAUACCCGACUUAGGCUUCAGCUAUGCUUCUUCUAACAACCCUUCCCCAGCAUUCUUGUCUGAGAAUUCCUUCCUCCUGUGUUAUCCCUGACUAGCUAACACUGCCUUUUCCCUCCCCCAAAACACCCUGACCAACUUAACUCCAGUUUCAAGAAAUGUUCACUUUUUUUCAUUAAUCUCAUGUUAUAUUUGUAACAAUUUAGAAAUCAUAGGACUUGAAGUUCUGAUAAAGAAGAAUCAUGUAGGACAUUCUUUUUCUUUUCUUUUUCUUCUAGUUAGAUUGGGAUUCUAAAGGCUUGGGAAGCACACUUAUAAUGUUCACUAGCAGAGAGUGACUAUUUCCAAAGUUCUCGGUGAUAAAUGAUUUAUAAAGCAGGUAUUCAAUUUCAAGAUGUAAAAUAAUAGUGUAAGUCAGAAGAGGGAAGAACAUCAUCCCAUAGGGAUACAUAUUUCCCUUGGCUUUUUCUCAAUAAAACAUCUUAUUUUUAAAAAUUAAGUUUUUCAAGAUGUUAAAUAAUGCUGUAAAUCAGGGGAGAGGCAAUCAUCCCAUAUAGGUAUACAUAUUUUCUUAUUUUUUUCCUCCCUGGAAUAUCUUAUUUAAGAAAGUAAAAUCAGAAUCUCUAGGAAGAGCACUGUGAACUUUCUUCCCUGUAAGAAACAAUAAAAUACUUUGUAAAUAGAGGCAACUUCAUGAAGUAACAGAUGCUUUCUGUGAAGAUAUAAAACUGAGCCUGAAUAUAAGAAGUGUGUGCUCAAUUGGUCAAAGAAAAGUUGAAAGUUGGACCCUCAGUGAGACAGAGUUGUUGGAUUCCAGGAUUGUUCUAAAGGGGAGUCCAGUCAGUCAGACAUUUCACUGGCUCACUGAUCACCCAGUAGUGUUACUGAAGCCAAGAAAGGCUUUCCAUUAGAUAAUGAGUUAUGAAAUAUGUCUCACACUGGAAAAACCAGUCAUCUGCUGAUGUCAUGCUGAUUCUAACCAAUCCCAAACAAAGCCCCAGCCCUCCUCGGCUUGACUGGUACCAAUGUGUGACUGUACAAAUAAGUAGUACAGUAUAAAACUCCUCAGUGCCAAUACCAUGAAGAGGAACCCGGACAGCUCUUACCACACGAGACAAGAGUCUGCUGGUGAAAGAGAGGACCGGAAAGAGAAUUGACUGAAGAGGAGAAAGGAAAAAAAAAAAAAAAAGAAAAGAAUGNUUAAAAAAAAAAAAAAAAAAAAGAACCCUGUGCGUGAGGGGGGUGGAAAAGCAGAGCCUUUUAAAAGGGCAAGACAACAACUUUCGCUGCCAGGAUGCCCUUGCUCUGGCUGAGAGGAUUUUUGUUGGCGAGUUGCUGGAUUAUAGUGAGGAGUUCCCCCACCCCGGGAUCCGAGGGGCACAGCGCGGCCCCAGACUGCCCGUCCUGCGCGCUGGCCACCCUCCCAAAGGAUGUACCCAACUCUCAGCCGGAGAUGGUGGAGGCCGUCAAGAAGCACAUUUUAAACAUGCUGCACUUGAAGAAGAGACCCGAUGUCACCCAGCCGGUACCCAAGGCGGCGCUUCUGAACGCGAUCAGAAAGCUUCAUGUGGGAAAAGUGGGGGAGAACGGGUACGUGGAGAUAGAGGACGACAUCGGACGGAGGGCAGAAAUGAAUGAACUUAUGGAGCAGACCUCGGAGAUCAUCACGUUCGCGGAAUCAGGCACAGCCAGGAAGACGCUGCACUUUGAGAUUUCCAAAGAAGGCAGUGACCUGUCCGUGGUGGAGCGCGCAGAAAUCUGGCUCUUCCUGAAAGUUCCCAAGGCCAACAGGACCCGGAGCAAAGUCACCAUCCGUCUCUUUCAACAGCAGAAGCACCUGCAGGGCAGCUUGGAUGCAGGGGAGGAGGCUGAGGAAGUGGGCUUGAAGGGGGAGAAGAGUGAAAUGUUGAUAUCGGAGAAGGUGGUGGAUGCUCGGAAGAGCACCUGGCACAUCUUCCCCGUCUCCAGCUGCAUCCAGCGGUUGCUGGACCAGGGCAAGAGCUCCCUGGACAUACGGAUUGCCUGUGAGCAGUGUCAGGAGACCGGUGCAAGCCUGGUGCUCCUGGGCAAGAAGAAGAAGAAAGAAGAGGAGGGGGAAGGGAAGAAGAGGGAUGGAGAAGGAGGGGCGGGAGGGGACGAGGAGAAGGAGCAGUCGCACAGACCUUUCCUCAUGCUGCAGGCCCGCCAGUCUGAAGACCACCCUCACCGGCGCCGGCGGCGGGGCUUGGAGUGUGACGGCAAGGUCAACAUCUGCUGUAAGAAACAGUUCUUUGUUAGUUUCAAGGACAUUGGCUGGAAUGACUGGAUCAUCGCUCCCUCGGGCUACCACGCCAACUACUGUGAGGGUGAGUGCCCCAGCCACAUAGCAGGCACGUCGGGCUCAUCCCUCUCCUUUCACUCGACGGUCAUCAACCACUACCGCAUGCGGGGUCACAGCCCCUUCGCCAACCUCAAGUCGUGCUGUGUGCCCACCAAGCUGAGACCCAUGUCCAUGUUGUACUAUGAUGAUGGGCAGAACAUCAUCAAGAAGGACAUCCAGAACAUGAUCGUGGAGGAGUGUGGUUGCUCAUAGAGCACCCAGCCCAGGGGGGAUGGGAGCGAGAUGGUCCAGAGAAGACAGUGGUGACAUGAAGACAUGUUUAAGGUUUCUGACUGAAACAACUAGAAAAAAAAACAAAAAGAAAUUAAAAAAAAAAAUAAAAGCAAAACCUAAAGCAGAUGAAGGAAGAUGUGGAGAAACUCCCUAGCCAGGGCUCAGAGAUGAAACAGUGAAGGAGAUGGGAAUUGUGGGGGAGAGGGAGAGUGGGGUGCCCUUCACUUCUUCCUCCAGCAUCCGAGGGGUGACAGCAGUUGCUCAAACGGGAAUAUCAUCCUCUCCUUUUCAGUUCCCUUUCCGUAUGAGCCUCGAAGUCAGCUUGUCUGGUCUGCAGUAAUGUGGGCUGACACAACCCAAAUAGCAUCUAGAAAGCCAUGCGUUUGAAAGGGCCACUUAUAGGCACUUUCCCACCCAGUAACCCAGGUCGUAAGGUAUGUCUGUGUGACCCUCUCUCUGUGUAUAUCAGCCCAUGCACACACACAAAGACACACACACCCCUCGCAGACACACACACAUACCCACCACACACACACACCCCUACACACAGAUGCACACAUACAGACCACACAGCCCACCACGUACACAUGAACACACACCAGACCUCGUACACACAGAGACACACAUCGAACACACACAAAGGCAUUUCCACACCACACACACACACAUACACAUAUUCUGGUAAAAGAACACUAGUGUGCAGGUGGUCACACCUUCUUUUUCUGCACCACUUCCGCAACAAAACAAUAACCAACAUGAAAAAAAAAAUUGAGAACAAGAAUGGGAAGCAUGAAAGAUCAAGGAAAAAAGAAUACCAAGUUACAUUUCGUUAAGGUGCUUAUGAUCUUAGAACUAUGCAACCUAAUAGGUUUGAAACUGUUUACCUGAGAGAGAACAAAAAGAGAGACUUUUUUGUAUUGGAAGUAACCUGAUUAAUUUUUAUUUUCUUCAAGGAGAGAUACUUGAAAGGAAUAUGUUUGUCCAUCUGUUGGAUCCAAACAUUUCUAUAUUUUGUAAAUGUUGUUUUUUUUUUAUCGUUUACUAUUUGCACUACAAUGGUGUUCGACCUGUCUAAUCCUUAUUUAACAAGUAUUUUCUUUGGGUGGGGGUGGGGUGGGGUUCAGAGCUGCACUUAAUGUGAGCUAUAAAAGAACUGCUACAGCACACAAAAUAGCUAUUUUUAUUAUUAUAAUUAUAAUUAUUAUUAUUAUUUUGUACCUUAAAAAAUAGACACAUACACCAAAGACAUUUGUGUGAGCCUUUAAACAGUCUGUCUGUGGUUGGUAUCAUUCGCCAUCAAUGAGUCAGGGGUUGGGAUUCAAGGUUGAGUAAGGUGGAUUGUGUUCAGGCUUGAAAGACCUGAAAAGUUUGGGUUUUUUUUUUUUUUUUGACUCCUUAUACAUCCAUGAAACAGGACAUUUCAUACUGGAUGUACAGUAGUUGUACACUGUUGGAUAUCAAGUUCAAUCAGAUUCAUGGAACGCUCCAUGCUCGUAUGUGUAUAUAUACAGUGCUCGGGCACAUGCAUGUCUGUGUGUAUGUAUACAUGUGGCGCAUCGUGUCCAUACACAUUUUAAGCACUUCAGGCUGUCAUUUUUUAAAUGUUCUUAAGGCAAUGAAUGUUUGUGUGCAAAACACAGUAUUUUUAAGAAGGAUAGGCUAUCGUUUUUGCUUUUACUCUGAACUAGGUGGGCACAUUUCAAAAAUUUGGAUGGGAAAAGCCUAGGAAUUCCAGUGAAUAUUCAGCAAGACCCUCUUUUAAUGUACAGGGAUCCAAUUCCCUCCUCUUUCUUGUCCUCCAACCCCAUCCUACAAGUUACUUACUCCCUGCAGGGAAAACAAAGCAGGAAACUCGUGUUCCAUCUAGGCUGAUUAUUUGGAUAACAUAUGUAUUAUCUGUUGGAAUCAAUCUUAAAUCAGAAGCUUUUUCAGGAAAAAAAAUUAACCAUAAGCCAGGAUAAAAGAGGUGGGUGCAUUUUUUAAUUUGCUUUUUUAUGAUUAAGGUCUGGUUGUGAGAAAUAUUACCUGCGCAGCUGGACUCAAUAACGUUGCUGUCACUAGUUAAACGAUAAAUAAUUUGGGGGAAGGUGUUUAAGAGCAUGGGAGUAAGAAAAGGAAUGGGAAACAGGAAUGAGGGCAGUAGUAAAAAUCCCUGAUAUUUUAAUUUACAGCCCAGAUUCUUGAUGUAUAAAUUGGUAUGCAUUGAUUCAGAUGUGAAAAGGAAAAAAAAAACACUUUGUUUUAUAAAUAUCAAAGUACAUGCUUAAAGCUAAAUUGUUACUGAUUUAUUCUAUGAUAUUUAGCUUGCCUAGGUCAUACUUAUUCAUUUAUGUGCUUUUUAAAAUACAGAGCCUUACUUAUACUGAUUUGUUGAAAUUUGUGAAAGUUGGGGGAAAAAAAGGUCUCAUGGGGGAAAUUACGUUUGUUAGAAUUCUGUAAAAUAUUGAAGCUUUCAGCCCUAUGCCAAUUUGUAGAUUUUUUAAAAACAUUAAUAGUAGGAAAAUAAAGUAUCAGUGAGAAAUCAUUCACAAGGUGAUUUAGCUCUUCUUGAGAAAUAGACCAAAUCAAUCUGCUAUCUACUAGGCUGUAUGUAGGCAGAUUUAAUGUUGUGACCUGGCUGUACAUACUACAGUUUAGAGGUUCAUCCUUUGUUGUGCAGGAAACCCCACACGAGUGCAUAAGAAUAGAUUCUAAUUAAGUAUGAGAUGGAGUGCAUGCAACAUUGAUACUUCCUCACCCUUAACCAUUGACUAGGAAAUUGGGCAGCUGAGUGUCAUGAAAUUUUCAUGAAAAACUUUGAGGGCCUUUUGAACUGCUUCUUAUUUGGCAUUGGAACUAAUAGAGGAACCUAUGAAAAUAGUAUGGGAAAUCAAGUCCUAGUUCACUGUGUAAUGGCAGAGAUAGCCCAGGCACUAGACAAAGCAAAAAGAGGUUGAAAAAAUAGCUGAUCUCUGUCUGUGGCUCCCAUUCAUCUCAAAUAUGUCUGCCAUCUACUGAAGCCUUUAAAUCUUGGAUAUGUUGAGGGUACAAUGGGGUUUGCUAAGUGACCACAGUAAUUAGUAUACUGCAGAGCUAAAUGAAAUUACAUAUGACAAUAUUUUAAUGGGAAGAUUUAAUUUAAUAAAUUACACAUCUCCAAACUUUAAUUAAAAUAUUUUAUUAAAUGUAUAUGGCCUUGAAAUAGAAUGAUAAAUUACAACUAUCUUUGAUCAUCUUGGAAGUUUUGCAACUUUGUAAACAGCUAUGCUGUUCAUGGAGCAGCGUGAGGUCAAAAGAAAAAGCUUUUAAAUUCCACCAGACUGGGUCUUCCCUAUCUGUUUUCCUAAAGCAAGUUUAGCUUCAUCUGAUCUGUGCUCUUUCUAUAGGGCUCAUUUCUAGGCUCUUAAAAGUCUACCCACAUCCAAUCUUCAAAGAUCUGAAAAGCACGUGUUCCCAAAUAAUUUUUAAGAAUCCUAAAUAUGUUGUAGAUUUGAUUGACUUUUUCUUUUUCUUUUUUUUUCCAAAAAAAGUAAGGUGAAUUCCAGAACACUGAGUUGGGAUUUUCUUGUCUCUGAAGACCAAUCAGUUUCAUACUUAUUUAAGAUUGAUUCCAUACUCUGAUUUUAAGGAGAGUACCUGCCUUCUCCAAGUGAAUUUUUUUGUCACCCUCAAGAGAUUGAACAUCAAGGUGACUCUAAAAUCAAAAAAGGCAAAUGCCUUAGUGCUAUUAAGCUUAGACUCAAAUUAUCGUGUCCACUUGAAAAAAUGAUUUCCUGUGGGCCUUUUGGAAACUUCUCUUUUCAAUAUAGAGAAAAACUUAGUCACCCUGAAAACCUACACAAUAAAUGGAACUUGUAGAUGUGGGCAGAAGUCUUGCGGGUGGACACUGUGUAUGUUUAAAUUAAACCCUUUAUCACUGAGAAGCUGUUGUAUGGGUCAGAGAAAAUGAAUGCUUAGAAGCUGUUCACAUCUUCAAGAGCAGAAGCAAACCACAUGUCUCAGCUAUAUUAUUAUUUAUUUUUUAUGCAUAAAGUGAAUCAUUUUUUCUGUAUUAAUUUCCAAUGGGCUUUACCCUCUAUUUAAAUGCUUUGAGAAACAGUGCAUUGACAAUGGGUUGAUAUUUUUCUUUAAAAGAAAAAUAUAAUUAUGAAAGCCAAGAUAAUCUGAAGCCUGUUUUGUUUUAAAACCUUUUAUGUUCUGUGGUUGGUGUUGUUUGUUUGUUUGUUUGUUUUAUUUUGAUCCUUUUUUUUUUGGCAUAUUACAUGCAGUUCUUUAACCAAUGUCUGUUUGGCUAAUGUAAUUAAAGUUGUUAAUUUAUAUGAGUGCAUUUCAACUAUGUCAAUGAUUUCUUAAUAUUUAUUGUGUAGAAGUACUGGUAAUUUUUUUAUUUACGAUAUGUUUAAAGAGAUAACAGUUUGAUAUGUUUUCAUGUGUUUAUAGCAGAAGUUAUUUAUUUCUAUGGCAUUCCAGCGGAUAUUUUGGUGUUUGCGAGGCAUGCAGUCAAUAUUUUGUACAGUUAGUGGACAGUAUUCAGCAACGCCUGAUAGCUUCUUUGGCCUUAUGUUAAAUAAAAAGACCUGUUUGGGAUUUA